ACUUUUCAAGUUUACGUCUUCCCUUCUGGGUUCUCUUUUCUUUGCGUCUUAAUUAUCUCCCCUUUAUGGAAUCUCAAUUCCGUGUUUGUUUUUUUCUUUGUUUCUCUGAGGAAUUUUUAUCGUGGUUGGAUUCAAAGAUAGGGGGAGUUUUAGAAUUUUGGAAUAUUCUCAAAAAUAUGCUUUUUGUUUUUAUUGGUUUAGCUUUUGUUAUGUACUCUGGGAAACAGGGUUUUGGAUUCGAAACGUAUUUAUUCAUUCGCCAAUAACUUGUGGUUGUUAGAUGGGGAGUUGUUGUUCUUUGAUCGGAAAUGGGGUUGGGGUGUUUAGCCAGGGAAAUUGGUGUGCUAAGUAGGUUUGGAAUUGCCUUCUCUGGUUCAACAUUGAGAUUCAAAGAUGGUUUUGGGAGAUUUAUUGGGAGAGAAGUUUUGAAAAUUUCAAGUUCAUCGCAGAGAAGUGUUGAAAGUUUCAAAUUUCAACAAUCCCCUGCUAUUUCAGAAGUGUUUCUCUCUAUAUGUUUUUUGCCUUGCUGUGUUUUUUGUCCUCAGUUUUUAUACCAGAUACCAACCAGGGUUGAGAAGGAAAGUUUUUGCAAGAGUUUCUUGAAGAUGGAAGAUUGCGGGCCAGUGAAAUCUGAAAAUAGAUUAAAGCACAGACCCUUGACCCCUCUUAGGUUGUUGAGGGGUGUGAUAUGUUUAGUGGUAUUUCUUUCUACAGCUUUUACGUGUUUGGUGUAUUUUGUGCCAGUAGCAGUUGUAGUAUUGCGGCUUUUCAGCAUACAUUAUAGUAGGAAGACAGUGUCAUUCCUCUUUGGACUUUGGUUAUCUCUGUGGCCAUCUCUGUUUGAAAAGAUUAACAAAACCAAAGUUGUCUUUUCUGGGGACAGUGUUCCAAUGAAGGAACGUGUUCUGCUUAUUGCUAAUCACAGAACCGAGGUUGAUUGGAUGUACUUGUGGGAUCUUGCACUCAGAAAAGGGUCACUGGGAUUCAUAAAGUACAUUCUCAAAAACAGCUUGAUGAAACUACCAAUCUUUGGUUGGGGAUUUCACAUUCUGGAGUUCAUUGCAGUGGAGAGAAAGUGGGAGGUAGAUGAGCAAAUACUGCACCAAAAGCUUUCAACUUUGAAGGACCCUAAAGAUCCCUUAUGGCUAGCUCUUUUUCCAGAAGGAACAGAUUACACUGAUCAGAAGAGUAAAAACAGUCAAAAAUUUGCUGCUGAAACUGGUCUCCCCGUGCUCAAAAAUGUAUUACUCCCCAAAACAAAAGGGUUUCAUGCUUGCUUGGAAGCCCUACGAGGCUCGUUGGAUGCAGUGUACGAUGUGACAAUUGCAUACAAAAAUCAAUGUCCUUCAUUUCUGGACAAUGUGUUUGGUGUUGACCCUUCAGAAGUGCACAUGCAUGUAAGGCGUAUUCCAGUGGAGGAGAUUCCUGGUUCUGAAACCAAAGCUUCAUCUUGGUUAAUAGAAAAAUUCCAGAAAAAGGAUCAAUUGCUUUCAGAUUUCAAGAUUCAUGGUCAUUUCCCUGAUGAGCAAAAUGAAAAUGAAAUUUCUACAUUUAAGAGCCUACUCUCUUUUACAGCCAUAGUUUCUUUUACUGCCAUUUUUAUUUAUUUUACAUUAUUUUCUGUGGUUUGGUUCAAAGUGUAUGUAGCUUUAUCUUGUGCAUAUCUUGCUCUUGCAACUCGCUUCAAUUUUCAAUUGAUGCCUCUAAGUUAUUAUGUUCAUGCACUCCAUAACAGCAAGAAACAAAACAGUGAAUAGUGUUCUCAGUUUUAUAUUGCAAUGUACUAUCUUGCUCUUGAACUUUA